UCCGCCUCGGUCGCUCAACAGCCGCUUCUCCAUGGCCGCCGGAGAAGGCGGCGCCACACCUCCGUCGGAGGAGUGGAAUUCUAAGAAGUCUCCGCCGUCGACACCGCCGUAUGUGAGGGCGGUGGCCGGAUCCCUCGGUGGCGUCGUCGAGGCCUGCUGCCUCCAGCCCAUCGACGUGAUCAAGACCCGGCUCCAGCUCGAUCGCACCGGAGCCUACCGCGGCAUCGUGCACUGCGGCGCCACCGCGGCUCGGACGGAGGGCGUACGAGCUCUAUGGAAGGGACUCACACCCUUCGCCACGCACCUCACGCUCAAGUACGCGCUCCGCAUGGGCUCCAACGCCGUUCUCCAGUCCGCCUUCAAGGACGCCGCUACCGGCGAUCUCUCUAACCGCGGAAGGAUCGCCGCUGGAUUCGGAGCCGGCGUCAUCGAAGCCCUCCUCAUAGUUACCCCCUUCGAGGUGGUGAAGAUACGGCUGCAACAGCAGAAAGGCUUGAGACCAGAGCUUCUGAAGUACAAGGGUCCUGUCCAUUGUGCAAGGAUGAUUGCCCGCGAAGAAGGCAUUUUGGGUCUUUGGGCGGGAGCUGCGCCAACAGUUAUGCGCAACGGAACAAACCAAGCUGCUAUGUUCACAGCCAAAAAUGCAUUCGAUGUCCUCCUCUGGAAGAAACAAGAGGGAGACGGAAAGGUCCUCCAACCAUGGCAAUCCAUGAUUUCGGGGUUUCUCGCGGGGACUGCUGGACCUAUCUGCACAGGCCCCUUCGAUGUUGUCAAGACGCGGUUGAUGGCCCAAAGCAAAUCUGGGGGUGAAGUAAAAUACAAAGGCAUGGUCCAUGCUAUUAGAACGAUAUUUGCCGAGGAAGGAUUGCAUGCACUUUGGAAAGGUUUACUUCCCAGGCUCAUGAGGAUUCCUCCUGGCCAGGCUAUAAUGUGGGCUGUUGCCGAUCAAGUAACUGGAUUCUAUGACAAAACCUAUUUACAACCGGCAAAGCUUUAAUUUUCUCUUCGAGCAUCAAUAAACGAGGAUUCCUUUCGUCAAUAAUUGAAAUCUAUGACCCAAUUGCUCAGUUAAGAAGUUUUUUGUUGGACAUGAUUCUUUACUCUUCUACUUCCCCAAGGUCAUUGAUUAAUUGUGGUUAGAAUUCGAAACAUAUUUUGCUGGCUCAGUUCUUUUCUUUUUCAUCCGAUGCCUUGUAAAUGAACUUCCAUACCAGUUCUUUUAGUAGACUUUGAAUCAAGAGGACCCUAAGGAUCAUGAUUACCUUAUUUCA